ACCGGUCCGCGCAGGCUACCGCCGCCGCAGCCGUCGUUAGACGAGCGGCAACAUUCAUCCGGACGCCGUCGCGCCGGGGACGUUUCAGUCGGCGUUCUAGCCGCGUUCGUAACCGGCCAAAUCUAUCUUCCGUCGGCCGGGAAUCAUUCGUAAUCAUUCGCAUUACGCUACGACGAGAAUUAAUACCCUAAAGCUGACUAAGGGUGCGUCGGACAAUUUGUGCUGGGUGAGAGAAAGGUGACACGAAGGGGUCGUGAACUCUCGCUUCUCUGGAUCUUCGACCUGCUUGUAUUCUACUCACGGCUGCUUUUCAAGUGGAGAGGAAGGGAUUAUCGUAGCAGACGUCCAGGUUUCUGGUCGACAAGUGAAACAACGGAAAAAUGCCUGUGGGAGGACGAGUCGCUGGCAAAGUUGGGAUUUACAGCUCCCAUUAUAAUGGGAAAGGCUACAGUGGUAUUAACGAGGAGAUCAUGUGGAUCAGCAUCGGGAUGGGGAUCACGAUCGCCGUACUGAUCACCAUUGCUCUGUGCUACAUCGCUCGUGAGAAAUGCCGGAAACGACACGAGGGCUACUACGCUUCCUGACGGACGCUGCCACCGCCCUCGUGGGCUUCUUGGUCCUUCUCACCAUCGACACCUGGCGUCUUUUUCAGCCCGACCACGUCGAGAGGUAAACCGAGGGCGUACUAUAUCACCGUAUAACGCCGAGAUCUGGUGACUAAUACCUUGCUUUCGGCUCGAGCAAGCUGACGUUUCACCAUGAACGGGAAAUCGAACGACGACUCUCUUCUCCUUCGACUUUUUUCAUCUUUUCCCUCCCUAUUCGUCCCCUUCGUUUCUUUUUUUACUUCUCCUACUGUAUCCUUCGACUAGUCUCAUCCCACUUGACAGACACAAGAAAAGAAUACGACAAGUCGAUCAUUGUGCGCCUGUGAAUCUUCAUGCUACUCGAUGGCUAGAAAGAAGUAUUUUCGAAAAUACGUAGACGAUAAGUCCACGUUGUUCUACCAGUAAUUUACUUUCAAUUGUAACUAAGCAAUAUUUCAUACUUACGGAUAUGGUAUUCUCCGAGAGAAAAGAAAAAGAGAAAAUACAUCUCCAUGAUCGCUCAAAGUUCUACCGAACCGCGGGUUCAUCGAAUUUUCCAAGAAAAUUAGAAGCUUAUCGUAGAUUUGAUAUCGGAACUGGAAACCAAGUAAGAAUAUAACGUUGUGCUCGUGAAAGAUUAAUCAAACGGCGUACUUCGAAUUUCGAUAUUGCGCUGCGUAUAAAAUCCAAGAUAUGUAAGUUAUCGUGUCUUUCUGCUGCGACUUUUCGUUCGGUCUGUCUGUGCGCUCGUUCAUCGCGGAAUAAACAUCAGAUUGCUUCUACCGAAUCCUCGAAUUUAUCGAGUUGAAACUCGACCAUGAUUUAUGGAGCGUGUGGAGUAAUCGCUCGAAAGAAGAAGAAAUCGGAGGAAAGCUCGGGUAAUUCCGUUUGAUCGACUGGAUAAUUAACCGAAUUCCUUCCGUUGAUGGCGUUGUUACAGGCAAAUUUUAGGCACAGAUUUCUAUGCUUUAUUGGAGAUUCAAGGCUUUUUGGGUAAUUGAUUCGACAGGACGGAGGUUGAAAUUAAUUCGACUUUGUUUACGAGAACAGGUUUUGAAACUGGAUCGUAAUGAGACUGCUACGAAAUCGGUUGCUAUGUGAUUUGGGAAUAAUUGACAUUCACGUUGUUCGUGAGUUACUAGGAUAUUUAUGAAACACGAGGAAUAUUUGCAGCGUUAUUUUGUUAAAUACAGUGGCAACUCGUACGAUAAAUUCGAUAUCUCUUAAUCAAACUUAUUCUGUAAAUUCUCUUGUUAAUUUUCUGAUUAUUCUAUUUUAUUAUAUAGAAUUGAUCAAAUUUGUACAAUAUAUCUGAUACCUUAUAAUCGAA